AUGAGAUUUAAUAUAAUUCAUGAAUAUAAAUGGCAUUUUUUAUUUAGUUAUGAAAUAAAUUUAUUUUAAAAAUUUAAAUAACGGAAGAUAUGGGUCAUCUUUUCAGACAUUAAGAAGGAGAGGCAGCUGUCCCUUCCAUAGCUAAUAUUCCAGCACCUCAAGCAUCAACUAUAGACUAUGAUUGGAUUCUAAUUUCAGGGUUCAUUAUAGUGUUGA